AUGACAAGGAAGGCAUUCUUCUUCUUCUUCUGCACGCCCAUUUUCUUCACCGUCGUCUGUUUCAGUCGUCCUGCCAGCGGCGAGAGGUUCGACGAGAUCUUCCAGCCCAGCUGGGCCGCCGACCACCUCCUCUACGACGGCGAGGUCGUCCAGCUCAAGCUCGACAACUUCACCGGUAACCCCCCUCGCCACAGCCGGUGGCGGUUCUUCCCUCCGUUCCUCCACGAAUAAGCUCUGACGAUCAUGUCUGCGAUGUCGCAGGCACCGGGUUCGGCUCCAAGAGCAAGUACCUCUUCGGGAAGGCCACCGCGGAGAUCAAGCUCGCCCCCGGCGACUCCGCCGGCACCGUCACCGCCUUCUACGUACGCUACUGGAGCUCUGGAAUGGAUAGUUUCAUACAUGGUGAUGAUCUGUAUCUGAAUGGAUGAUGAUGCUGCAGAUGUCCUCCGACGGGCCGAACCACCACGAGUUCGACUUCGAGUUCCUGGGGAACUCAUCGGGCGAGCCGAUCCUGGUGCAGACCAACGUCUACGUCAACGGCGUCGGCAACCGGGAGCAGAGGGUGGGGCUCUGGUUCGACCCCACCGCCGACUUCCACAGCUAUGGCAUCCUCUGGAACCGCCAGCAGGUGGUGUUCCUCGUGGACGAGACUCCCAUAAGGGUUUUCGAGAGGAAGAAGAAGACGAAGAGCUGGGAGAGGGAGCUCGCCUUCCCCGACGACCAGCCGAUGGGGAUCUACAGCUCCAUCUGGAACGCCGACGAUUGGGCGACUCAAGGGGGGAGGGUGAAGAUCGACUGGUCGCAUGCCCCCUUCGUCACCACCUACAGGGGAUUCUGGGUCGACGCCUGCGAGUGCCCCGCCGGCACCGGCGCCGGCGCCGGAGAAGAAGACAUGAAGAGGUGCGCCGGCCAGGGGAACGAGCAGGGGAGGCGGUACUGGUGGCAGGAGCCCAUGAUGGAGGAGCUGAGCCUCCACCAGAGCCACCAGCUGCUGUGGGUCCGCAACCACCACCUCGUCUACGACUACUGCGCCGACUCCGCCCGCUUCCCCGCCGCCCCUCCCGAGUGCGAGCCAUGA